UUUCAGAUUCUUUUGACAUUUCGCCAUAUCCACAACAACACAUGUGUAGUGAUUGUUAAAAUUUGUUUAUUUCCUUUCAAUAAUAUUAAUAUUACAUUUUCAGCGAUAGAGAAAUUAAAUCAAAAUGCCUAAAACUAAGAAGAAAUUUAUAGACAAAAAGAAAGCUGUUACAUUUAACUUAGUGCACAGAUCGCAAAGGGAUCCUCUAGCAGCUGAUGAAACCGCACCACAGCGAGUUCUUGUGCCCGUGAACGCCAAUGUACCGCCAAGAAAAGAGAAAGAACCAGAAUUGACUCCAGAACAGCGCCGAGAGGAGCAGAUAAAAUAUGGCAUCUACUUUGAUGAUGAUUACAACUACCUACAACAUCUCAAAGACACCAGUGAGGUCACAAUGGUCAUGCAACCAAAAACAUCACAUAAAAGGAAAGAAAAAUCUUCCAACGAAGGCAGUGAAGAUGUUGAAAAAUCCAUAACAGAUAAUAUAAAACUACCUAGUUCAGUGUUCGCAUCAGAAGUUGAGGAAGAUGUUGGAUUAUUAAACAAAGCUGCAACACAAGGAUUGUGCCUGGACCUCGAUCCAGAGGUGGUGGCCGCACUCGACGAAGACUUCGACUUCGAUGAUCCUGAUAACCAACUUGAGGAUAACUUCAUUGAGUUGGCUAUGGCUGAAGGUUCCGAUGAUGAAGAGGAUGAAGACGGCGACAGCAUGUCAGGCGAUAAUCACUCCGACAAGGCGUUCGCCUCGGAUCUAGACUCCGAGGAUGAUAGUGAUUCACAGGGCGGGGGACGUGGUCUGAUGCCUGUAUGGGACGAGCAUGCUAAAGAGGAAACAAAGUCCCGCUUCUCACAAUACUCCAUGUCAUCCAGCGUGAUCCGACGCAACCAAGGUCUGACGCUGUUGGACGAUCGAUUUGAAAAGAUGUACGCUGACUAUGAUGAUACGGAACUUGGCGCGCUGGACCUAGAAGAGAUUGAAGGGUUCAUGCCCGAGUCGCAUGACAUGCUGCUGAGGGCCGCUGAGGAAUUUGAGGAGUCCAGGAGACGAUACCAGCUGGACAAGGAGAAAGAGAUUGCCAGAAUGAAACGCUUGCAAGAGAUAGAAGAAGAGUCCGAGGAGGACCUGGUGACCAUGGAAGUGGAACCGGCAGAAAAAUGGGACUGUGAGACCAUACUGUCCACAUACUCCAACUUGUACAACCAUCCUAAACUUAUUGAAGAGCCCAAGAAACCGAAAAAGAUUCAAAUCAGUGCCAAAUCGGGACUGCCCAAAGACACUCUAGGCAAAGACAACAAGCUGACUGUCAAAUCAUUAGCCAAAUUCAACGCUAUAAACGCAAACGACAGCGAGCAAUCUGAUGACGAGGGGAGAACGCACGCGGAGUCAGUGCUGUCGACUUUGAGUGUACUUUCUAUUCGACCUAAAGAUGAAACAGUAGAGGAGAAAAAAGAAAGGAAACGUCUCCUAAAAGAGUACAGAAAGGAGAGACGAAUAGAGAAGAAGGCGAACAAAGAGGCAUUCAAAGAGGAGAAGAAGCGGCAAGAGAAGAUAAUGAUGAACAAUAGAAAUAAUAUUCAGGGAAAUAAGAUAUGCUGAGAAGCUAAAUAUUUGUUUUCUUUUAAACAUUGUACAUAGUUAUACAUAAAUAUACAUAUAUAAACCCUAUGGAUACUAAA